AUGGAGCCCUUCCUCGGCUGCACCGGCGCCGCGCUCCUGCUCUGCCUCAGCUACGCCGGGCUGCGGCCGGUGGACGCAGACAGCCCGUCGGCCCCGGUCAAUGUCACAGUCAAGCACCUGAAAGCCAACUCAGCCGUCGUGACUUGGGACGUUCUGGAGGAUGAAGUUGUCAUUGGAUUUGCCAUUUCCCAGCAGAAGAAGGACGUGCGGAUGCUGCGCUUCAUCCAGGAGGUGAACACCACCACCCGCUCCUGUGCCCUCUGGGACCUGGAGGAGGACACUGAGUACAUUGUGCAUGUCCAGUCCAUCAGCAUCCAAGGCCAGAGCCCUGCCAGUGAGCCAGUCCUCUUCAAGACCCCCAGGGAAGCUGAAAAACUAGCCUCUAAAAAUAAAGAUGAGGUGACAAUGAAGGAGAUGGCGAAGAAAAACCAGCAGCUUCGAGCAGGGGAAAUCCUCAUCAUUGUUGUGGUGUUGUUCAUGUGGGCAGGGGUGAUCGCCCUGUUUUGCAGACAGUACGAUAUCAUCAAAGACAAUGAGCCAAACAACAGCAAGGAGAAAGCCAAGAGCGCCUCUGAGAGCAGCACCCCAGAGCACCAGAGCGGGGGGCUCCUGCGCAGCAAGUUUCCAAAAAACAAGCCCUCAGUGAACAUCAUUGAAGCGUGA